AUGAGUCCCAACCCAAAGGACUCCAUGAAGUCCACCUGGCGGCAACAAGCCCGCUCAGAAUGGACUCUCUUCCACUGGUUCUACGAACUACUAGGAAUUCACCCAGAACACCUCGACAAGAACAUCCCCAUCCAUCUAAAAGAAGACGCAGUGCCCUAUGUCCCAGACUGGUCUAUGCACCGCUGGGUCCUGACGCACGCCGCCAUCCCCCUCCUACUCCACCACGCCUACGUCUCCUUCACAGGCCACAACCUCAGCGCCUGGGGCGCCUUCUUCCUAUACGGACUGGCAUUCAAAACCAUCGCCAUCCAUGAACUCCACGUCCUCCGACGACUGGGUCAUCAGCACGGCUUCCUAGAUGGCGAUAAGCACGCCCGAGACGGCGUCCCAGACGUCGGCGUCGCAAAGGUCGUCCGCUCACUCAUGUCAACAUCAACCUUCCGCCCAAUGUUCACCGUCUUUAUCGCAUACCACGCAACAAACCCACCCUCAACAAUGAGCUUCAUCUGGCUACCCCUCGAAGCCGGGCUAUACGGUAUCAUCCUCGACUUCUGGUUCUACUGGUAUCACCGACUGAUGCAUGAUGUCGGCGCGUUAUGGAAAUACCACCGUACCCACCACCUCACUAAGCAUCCGAACCCGCUGUUAACGCUGUACGCGGACUCUGAGCAGGAGUUCUUCGAUAUCCUGGGUAUCCCGCUUAUGACUUAUUUCAGUAUGCGGGCUAUGGGGAUGCCGAUGGGGUUCUAUGAGUGGUGGGUUUGUCAUCAGUAUGUGGUGUUUGCGGAAUUGGCGGGUCAUAGUGGGUUGAGGGUGCAUGCUACGCCGCCGUCGACGUUGAGUUGGGCUUUGAGGUGGUUUGAUGCGGAGCUUGUCAUUGAGGAUCAUGAUUUGCAUCAUCGGAAGGGGUGGAAGAAGAGUCAUAAUUAUGGGAAGCAGACGAGGCUUUGGGAUCGGAUUUUUGGGACUUGUGCUGAUCGCAUUGAGUCUGUUGAACAUAAUGUUGAUUAUGUUAAUUCGUCGCCUAUGCCGUUGUAUUGA